UCGCCGCCGCCGCCGCCGGAUCGCAGCGCGUCGCUUCUGCGAGCCCCAGCAGCUGCAACAAGCCGCCUCAUCUCCCCGCCUGCAGCGAGUGCGUGUGUCGGGGGAAGCAAAACCUGAGCCGGCCAGCCUGCAGAUCCCAGCCCGGGAGAGCCACUCAGAGUUAUGUCAUGCCCAGACCACCGCAGGGCUCCAUGAGGAUUUAUAGAAGAUGCCCGGGAUCUUGGCGCCUCUGGUGCUCCUUUUGGUGUGGCUAAUGGAGAUUGCUGCCAGUCCCCACUCUUUGAGGAUUGCCGCCAUUUUGGACGACCCGAUGGAGUGCAGUAGAGGUGAACGGCUCUCUAUCACCCUGGCCAGGAAUCGGAUAAAUCGAGCUCCGGAGCGAGCGGGGAAAGCCAAAGUGGAGGUGGACAUUUUCGAGCUGCUGAGAGACAGCGAAUAUGAAACAGCCGAGACCAUGUGCCAGAUCCUUCCAAAAGGGGUGGUUGGUGUUCUGGGGCCAUCUUCAAGUCCUGCUUCCAGCUCCAUCAUCAGCAAUAUCUGCGGGGAGAAAGAGGUCCCCCAUUUCAAGGUUGCCCCCGAGGAAUUCCUCAAGCUCCAGUUCCAGAGAUUCACGACUUUGAACCUCCAUCCCAGCAACACUGACAUCAGCGUGGCUGUUGCUGGGAUCCUGAAUUUCUUUAACUGCACCACUGCCUGCCUCAUCUGUGCCAAAGCUGAAUGCCUUCUAAACCUGGAGAAGCUGCUCCGUCAGUUCCUGAUCUCUAAGGAAACUCUCUCGAUCCGGAUGCUGGACGACAGCCGGGACCCAACGCCGUUGCUAAAGGAGAUCAGGGACGACAAGACGGCCACCAUCAUUGUACAUGCCAAUGCUUCCAUGUCCCACAUCAUCCUUCAGAAGGCAGCUGAACUGGGAAUGGUGUCAGCCUAUUACACGUAUAUCUUCACUAAUCUGGAGUUUUCGCUCCAGCGGCUAGAGAGCCAUCUGGAUGAUCGAGUGAACAUCAUGGCCUUUUCCAUUUUCAACCAGUCCCAUGCUUUCUUCCAAGAGUUUGCAGAGAGCCUCAACCAGUCAUGGCUGGAAAACUGUGAUCACAUUCCUUUUACUGGGCCAGCACUGUCUUCUGCCUUGUUGUUUGAUGCCGUCUACGCUGUGGUGAGCGCCGUUCAGGAGCUGAACCGGAGCCAGGAGAUCGGCGUCAAGCCCCUGUCCUGUGGAUCUGCCCAAAUCUGGCAACAUGGCACCAGCUUGAUGAACUAUCUGAGAAUGGUAGAAUUGGAAGGUCUCACCGGCCACAUAGAAUUCAACAGCAAAGGUCAACGAUCAAACUAUGCCCUGAAGAUCCUGCAGUAUACCAGGAAUGGCUUCAGACAGAUCGGUCACUGGCAUGUUACCAAAGGCCUUACCAUGGAUAACCAGAUCUUCUCUUCCAAUGUGUCAGAGAGCCUGUUCAACACCACGCUCAUUGUCACCACUAUCCUGGAAAACCCUUACUUAAUGCUCAAGGGAAACCACCAAGAGCUGGAAGGGAAUGACCAAUAUGAAGGCUUCUGCAUGGACAUGCUGACAGAACUGGCCGCGAUCCUGCACUUCAACUACAAGAUCCAGUUGGUCGGUGACGGAGUGUACGGCGUCCCCGAGGCUAAUGGAAGCUGGACUGGCAUGGUGGGGGAGUUGAUUGCUCGGAAAGCUGAUUUGGCAGUGGCUGGCCUGACGAUCACAGCCGAACGAGAGAAGGUGAUUGAUUUCUCCAAGCCGUUUAUGACUCUGGGGAUUAGCAUUCUUUACCGAGUUCAUAUGGGGCGCAAGCCUGGUUAUUUCUCUUUCCUGGAUCCAUUUUCUCCUGGUGUCUGGCUUUUCAUGUUACUCGCCUACCUCGCCGUGAGCUGCGUCCUCUUUUUAGUGGCCCGAUUGACGCCCUACGAGUGGUACAGCCCCCACCCCUGCUCCCAAGGGAGAUGCAACCUGCUCGUUAAUCAGUACUCUCUUGGCAACAGCCUGUGGUUCCCUGUCGGUGGGUUCAUGCAGCAAGGAUCGACCAUCGCUCCUCGGGCUCUGUCCACGCGCUGCGUCAGUGGAGUCUGGUGGGCCUUCACUUUGAUCAUCAUCUCUUCCUACACAGCCAACCUGGCAGCCUUCCUCACCGUGCAGCGCAUGGAUGUGCCCAUAGAAUCAGUAGACGACCUUGCAGACCAGACGGCUAUAGAGUACGGCACAAUCCACGGAGGUUCCAGCAUGACUUUUUUCCAGAAUUCUCGGUACCAGACAUACCAGCGGAUGUGGAAUUACAUGUACUCCAAGCAGCCGAGUGUCUUUGUCAAGAGCACAGAGGAAGGGAUCGCGCGGGUGCUCAACUCCAACUAUGCCUUCCUCCUGGAGUCCACCAUGAACGAGUAUUACCGCCAGCGCAAUUGCAACCUCACGCAGGUCGGGGGCCUUCUGGACACCAAGGGCUACGGGAUUGGCAUGCCAGUCGGUUCUCUUUUCCGCGAUGAGUUUGACUUGGCCAUUCUCCAGCUGCAGGAGAACAACCGCUUGGAAAUCUUGAAACGGAAGUGGUGGGCGGGAGGGCAGUGCCCCAAGGAGGAGGACCAUCGAGCCAAAGGCCUAGGAAUGGAGAAUAUAGGUGGAAUCUUUGUGGUUCUGAUAUGUGGUUUAAUCGUAGCGAUUUUUAUGGCAAUGCUUGAGUUCUUAUGGAACCUCCGACACUCUGAACACUCUGAGGUAUCCGUCUGCCAGGAAAUGGUGACAGAGCUGCGUAGCAUCAUUCUCUGCAAGGACAGUUUCCACCCCCGUCGGAGGCGAGGGGGCAUAAUACGGACUCGCCCUGUUAUACAAGAAGAACGGAGAACCCGCGCCACUACCAUGCUAAGCAACGGCAAGCUCUGUGGCGGAGGCGACCCUGAGCAGCUGGCACAGAGACUUGCUCAAGAAGCCGUCCUGGUCGCUCGGGGAUGCACACACAUCCGGGUGUGUCCAGAAUGCCGGAGGUUCCAAGGUCUUCGGGUCCGGCCAGGUCCAGAUUCCCCCGUGCAAAGCGACGAGAGCUUGGAAUGGGAGAAAGCAACAAACAGCAGUGAGCCUGAGUAGAACAGUGGGGAGACAGCAGAAGAAGAAGCUUAAUGUUCCAUUUUACAGAACAUGAGACUUGUACACAGUGUUGAACUAUUUUUAAAUUAAUAAAGAGGCGCCCCAGCUUGGCAAGAGCAAAUCAAAGCUUUAGGCUGGGGGGCUGAGCCCAAUGGGAA